AUGCCCAUCUUUGAGGACAUGAUGCAUGCAAUAUCGAGCGAGGAUGCUAAAGAUCGCUUUUGUGCCGAGAUUGACAGGCGAUUGCAGUUAAUACGAGACAACCAGACACCCAGUUCCGACGCUGGCGAGUCAUGGUGGCCAUUCCCGGAUUCCAUGCACUGCUCGACCAUGGAGCUGCAUUGUCGGCGGUCUUCCGUCGGCCACGGCUCUGUGUUCGGCCGAGCGGCGACGACGCUCACUCCAGCCACCUCCGGUCGGCGACCGCACGGGAGGAGCCUUUCUGUUCAGGACAUCUGGCACGAUGCCAACAAAGAUUCUAAAGGCAACCUUGCCGAACCGAGACAGCCACGUCGAGCCUUCUCGGGUCGUGAAAACACGGACCUGGACCUGUACGAUCUAUACUUUGCACAGUACGCCCAGAACGCAAGGCGACCGCAGCUGAAGACAAAGAGGGCGGUCACAAACCUGAGAUCGACGCGGCCAAGGCCGUCUGAGCCUGGCAAAACCUCUACGAAGGGGACGGGCUACGAAGCAUUUGACGACGACACGUUCGGAAAGCGCCAGCCACUUUCCAGCGCGGAGCGCAGGUCGUCGCUCCUCUCCCUGGAGCUGCAACCGUUCGAGGAUCUCAUCGAGGAAGAGAAGCAGGCGAGAAAGCGGAUGGAGGCUUUUGCCUCGUCCAGUGGAAUGCUCGACCGCUUUGGACAGCCUGUCCGUCCCAACUGUGACGAAGGCGUGCGACGUGACUCGGGCUAUGACUCCGCAUGCGGCGAUGAGGAGCAAUCCAAAGACGUGGACCGCGCGACCGAACAAGCCGAGUUAUCGAGAAGCAAGAUUCCUGACUAUGACUUCUCGCAGCAGAAUUAUACGUGGUGA